AUGGGGAACAUCUGCUCGAAGUCCGCCAAUCAGCCGGACAACUUCUCCACUCCUGGCCAUACAUUGGGUUCAAACGCGGCACCAAAGCCGGCAACAGCUCGACCCCCCCAGAGACUGACGGAGAGCAUCCCCGGCCGGAAACUUGGUGGUAGUAGAGACGGAGCAACAAGCCCGGACAAUGCUCGAAGUGCUGCUGCCAGAGCCGCCGAGGAACGAGCUGCUAAAAGCAACAAGACCGGUGGCAAGCUAUCCGCUCAAUUGUCGAGUCAGAAAAAGCAAACCCAGAACCAGCUCUUGAAUGCUGGCUCAGAUGCAGAGCGGAGAGCUCGAGAUGCCGAUCAGGCUGCACAGGCUCGCAACUGGAACUGA